CAUACUUGAUUGCUUGGCAUCUGCUGCUGGCCCGUCCGCUAGCAUGCGCAUGCGCUACCGUUUUCUUACCCAGUUGUAUUUUGGCCAUUAGCACGUACGGAGUUGCGCCCGCGCUUUGAGAUUAAGCCAAGUGUGAAACACAUAUGAGCAAACUCAACCUUACUUUAUAUAAAGUUAUUUUAAAGUUGGUGCCUAACACACUUUCGUCGGAUUUCGCACGAAAGCGAAAGUUGCGUUUAUAAAGGAGUUUAUUUCUUGGUGCUCACGAAAGAAAAUACUAAUCAAAAAAGUAAAGGCAGAGCACUGUGAACACAAACAUAUAUAUUUUUUAAGAGAAAACAAAACACUAAAGCGUGUAAACUCAACGUCUACAAACCGGGUCAACAGCAACCUUCGUUUCAAUUUCCGUUCUGAUCGUCGUGCAAAGAUGCCAGCAGCCAGCUCACAUUCACGUCUGUUCUUCUAUUUACUGUGCGCUGCCUCACUCUUAGCCGUUUCCAAGUCGGAUGCCGGUAGUACAAAGAACUCUUACUUUGUUUCAUACUUUUACUAUUUGGUUAUUAACUUUAUAAACCCUUUCGCAAUGCCGAUAUUUUAUCGAUUUGUAAAUAUUUUGCCAUUACAACCACCAACUGAAGAUUUGGCCUACGACGCAGCUAUACAGCUAGGCUUACUUAACCAUCGUCUUAAUUUACUUAGCCAUGAGGAAGAAUCAAGACAACUAAGUUUACCAAACAUAACACUGGGGAACAUCGUGAACCGCAUACCCUGUAGUUGUGACAAUGGGUUAUGCAAGUGCUGUGCUGGUUUCCUUGCUGUUAUUGGUAUGAACAGUUGCACAGAAGUGGCAUAUCGACCUGAAGAAUUUUCAUUCGAGUUGCGAAUGCGCGUUAACAACAAUAUUUGGUUCCGACAAAAGGUAUCUGGCAAGAAUCCGCCUCCAUUCUGCUUCCGGCCGCCACGUUUUAAUUUUGCUAAAGCCUGUAUUCAAUUUCAUGAUAUAUGGUUUGUCGGGCGUAAUAUGCACGUUUGCAUGUAUAUGUCAGGAGAAUUUCAGGGCUUUGAGUUGUUUGAAAGAAACUUUGACUGUCUCUUAUUUGGAGAUCACGGAGUUAAAAUUGUUCCCCCAGAGCAAGGUUAUCCUGUAAGACCAAAUGAUGUCGAUAUUGAUGAUGGAGACGAUGAAAUUGAGGACUACGAUGAGAAUGUAGUUCGCAGUUUGGCAGAAAAGAUGGUUAAAAAAUAUUAAUGAUGAUUAGAUUUACUUAUUAAUUUAAUAUAUUAUUUAUUUCACUGAUACAAUUUAUAAAGUAAAAUCCCUAUUAUUUAAAAAGUCAAGUGCGAAAACUGCAAAAUGACGUGUCGUACUUCAACCCGUUGAAGCACAACAUAAAAGGGAAAAUUAACACAACGAACCAAUUCAAAAGAAAAAUGCAACCUUAGACUGCAUCCACACCGCAAAAGCCACACGUCGAGAAGCGAGAGCAGGGAAUUUAAAUGCAUAUGCACAAGCACGUUGACUGUUGCACUUCGUUUGACUCGCAGUUGACUGUAAUAAAGGACUUUAAGGCUGCAAGGAUGCAAUAUGCAGUGAAAGCUGCAGCAACAGGACAACCGACAGCCAAUGUGAUUGCAGAGGACGGGUAGGGCUUUAUUUCGCACUUGACUGCUCUGAAUGCCAGUCGAGCUUCAGUCAAGUGGUGUACAAUAAAAGCGUUUUUUCACAGCACAUGAGAAUAUGGUAUGGGGUAAUGCAUUCAGAAGCCAAUAAAAAACUGAAUAGCUUGAGUACCUAUACUAGGAUAUAUUUGUGGUGCCUUUUAAUGUAUGUAAUAUUUAUCACGUUAUUUUCCUGUUGAUAUAUUAAAUAGCCCCUUUAUUAUAAUUUAUAAGCAACUAUAUAACAAUAAAACAGCCCCUGGUCAAUUUAUAAAAGUUCCGACAAUCCUCACAAUAAAACAAGACUAAUUUAAAAUGCAAA